GAGGUAACGCAAACGCAUCACCAGCUAAUGGGCGUGUCCCUCUCCUCCAACGAACACGGCGAAUGCAGAGUGAAAGUUUUCUUGCAAUGUUUUAACCAUACGAUGCGAUAUGAUGUUUCACCCUAAGACAGGCACACUCGUAUCUUUUCAUAAUGCGCUACCAAGUGUGCAUUUUUUUGGGGCUGUGUUUAUUAUUUUACAACUGACUUUUGUUCAAUGUGAAAAAAUAAAACCAGGGAGUUGUCUCAUCUGGGGUCCAGGACUUCACCCAGAUAUAGUUUUGCCUGUCCGGUACUUUUUCAUCCAGGCGGUCGAUUUGAAAGGGGAAAAUCUCACUUUAUCUCCAGGUAAAGACACCUUUAAAGUAAGCAUAGCUUCACUGGAGAAGAAGGAGCAUAUCCGCAUCCAUGUUCCCCCUCCCCUGGACAGAGGAGAUGGAUCCUUCUUAGUGAGGUACCGCUUGUACAAUACAGCACUAACAGGCCUCAAAAUUGAGAUCUUCCAUCAUGAAACAGCUGUUUCCCAAUCACCCUACAUCAUCCAAGGUCCAGUCUAUGAUGAAUACUGUGACUGUCCUGAACCUGAUGACUCUGCCUGGCAGAGUGCCAUGCAGUGUCCACUUGAAGAGCCUCAGAUUGAGGCAGACUUUACAUCUUUUCCGACGAUCAACCUGCAGCAUCUCAGGGAGCAGGGGCCUCAAAGAUUUUCAAACAGAGGCGGUAUCAUUCACUAUGCCAUCAUCAACAAUCGUCUGUUCCGCCGAACACUGGGAAAAUACACAGACUUCAAGAUGUUCUCUGAUGAAAUGCUGCUAUCCCUGACAAGGAAGGUGAGGCUGCCUGAUGUCGAGUUUUACAUCAAUGUUGGUGACUGGCCUUUGGAAACGAGACCAGCUGAUGAAAGUCCUAUUCCAGUCUUGUCCUGGUGUGGUUCCACAGACUCUCGAGAUAUUGUCCUCCCCACCUAUGAGCUCACACAUUCCACUCUGGAGACCAUGAGAGGCGUGACCAAUGACCUGCUCUCCAUUCAAGGCAACACAGGUCCCUCAUGGGCAAACAAAACAGAUCGGGCAUUUUUCCGUGGCCGCGAUAGCAGAGAGGAGCGUCUGCAGCUGGUUUCUCUGUCCAAGAAACAUCCUGAGCUUCUGGAUGCUGGAAUCACAGGAUGGUUCUUUUUCAGAGACCGAGAGAAACAUGUUGGCAAAGUGCCACUUGUUGGAUUCUUUGAUUUCUUUCAGUACAAGUACCAGGUGAAUGUGGAUGGCACAGUGGCAGCGUAUCGUUUUCCUUACCUGAUGCUUGGGAACAGCCUGGUUCUCAAGCAGGACUCUCACUUCUAUGAACAUUUCUACAGUAGUCUGAAAGCUGGGACUCACUAUGUCCCCUUCAAAAGGAACCUGCUGAACUUGUUAGAAAAAAUCCAAUGGGCCAAAGAGAAUAACGCCGAAGCACAAAAAAUCGCCAGUGCGGGUCAGGCUGCGGCCCGUGAGGUGCUGCAGCCCACCAGACUCUACUGUUACUAUCAGCGAGUGCUGCUGAUGUACGCCCAACGGCAGGCGGGUCAGCCGAGCCGCCACGCUGACAUGCAGCUGGUGCCUCAGUCUGAUGAACACAUAACUGUGUGCAAGUGUCAGCGUAAGAGCCACAAAGAGGAAAAGACUGUCCCAGAUGAACUCUGAGACACCUUCAUCAUUUGAAAACCUCCCAAACAUUGAUCAUGUUUGUAGGGUCGGUGAAGGGGCGUGUGAAUAUUGAUAUUAGGUUGUAAAAUUUUAAAUGUUUUGAAAGAUCAGUUUUGAAAAUGAAUGACAGACAAAAAGCGUUUUCUACACAGGUUAAUGGUCUUUAUAAGAAUGUUUUUUGUUACAAUAUGAUUACAUAUGUUUGACUGAUGUACUGCUUUUUAUGUAAUUUAUAAGUGAGUCAUCAUUUUCAAAUCAAUCUUUUUAUACUGUUGCAUGUACAGAAAUUUUUAACGAGCAGACUUCCAUUAAAUUGGCCAUAUUUUGAGAUUGGCAAGUUUAAGAAA